AUGCAUAAUUGAUGUUAACGUGUUGUAACUUCUACAGUUAUUAUGAUACCUUCCUGAAGAACUACCAAGAGCUUGCAAAAACACGCAAUUGGAAGCAACCACUGCUUGUUUCACUGUCCUAUUCUGUACAAAUAUUGGAUGAAGGUGUACCGGUCACUCCACAUGACAUUCUGGUGGAUGCGCUUGUGUCCCCGGCAGGUGUUAUUCCCAUCAGCCCAGCAGCUUUAGACAGGAUGAGGCCUUGAUAACAAAACUAGAAGCUUUCGUCUUAGAUCAGAUCCUCUUGGAGUUGGACUCUGGCUUCCCCUUGAUCUGUUAAAGGAAAUAAUCUUGGUCUGCCUGAGAUACAGGGCUCGGCCAGCGUCAUCAAAUGAAUCCGCGAAGUUCUGGUCCUCUGGUACAUCAAAGUUAUUGUUUUUAGAAUGAGGAUGUUCUUUUCCUGUAUUCUUCUUCUGCUUUUCUGCUGAACUAUUUUAAUUCCAUGAGUUUAUGCAUCUGUCGAAGAGGUCCCAUUUGAACUCUCAAAUUAAGGGUACCUGACCUCUAUCUG